AUGACCCAAUACGCCGGCCAACCCGGCGCCGCCGCCCCGGCCGCCAGCAGCUCCUUCAAAGACCGCAACUGCCCCAACAUGCGCGGCUGCUGGUCCUUCUCCUGGGAGGCCUACUCGCUCAAGACGUCCGACAAGCAGGCCCUGCUGCGCCGCAUCUGCAUGUACAUCAUCCUCGGCAUCCGCACCGCGCUGUCCAUCCUCAGCAUCGUGCGCGACAUCAUCGCCGGCCGCGUCGUCAGCUGGAUCAUCGGCAUCAUCCUCGCCGUGCUGGGCUUCUUCUUCAUCGCGUGGUGUCUGGCCGUCAUCGGGCAGGCGGAGGGGCGGCGGAAGGUGUUUGGGAUCAUGCUGGGGCGCUUGUAUUUCGAUAUUUUCCUGCUCGUCACCGCAUUCAUCCACGCCGCGCUUCUGGUCGGCAGCUUCUUCGGACUCGGCAGCGGGGGCGGGUAUGCGACUUGGCUCAUUAUGUGGCUGCUGAUUUUCGGCGUUGCCUGGAUCUGCACCUGGCCUGCGGAGCCUGAGAGCUACGCCUGA